AUGGAAGCGCGCUUUCUACAUAUUGGCCUGGGACUUCUGCUUCUUUUGGCGGCACAACACGCCCCUGUUAUUGCCAUUCCUGGCCCUGAAUGCCAAACGAAGUGUGGCGAGGUUGACAUUCCGUACCCGUUCGGCAUCGGCGACAACUGCUCGCUAUCGCCAGGCUUUAGCACCAGCUGCCGGGAGGUCCAACAUGGUGUCUACAAGCCAUUCCUUGGUAAAUAUGAGCUACUCAACAUUUCCUUGGUUAAUGGCACCAUCCGGGAGCUGAACAACAUCUCUACAUACUGCUAUAACCCGUCCUCGCGUCUCAUGAAGUCCCAUAUUUGGCCGCACGAUGCAAGGCUUUCCCCAUAUCGGUUCUCAGAUGUCCACAACAAGUUCACAGUCAUUGGGUGCAAUACCCUCACCUACAUCAAAGACAGGAACGGUACGGCCUACCAGAGUGGGUGCGUCUCAACAUGCCAGAAUCUGACAGACGUAACAAACGGAUCCUGCUCUGGCAUGGGCUGCUGCCAGACAGCGAUACCCAAGGGGAUGGACUACUAUGAAGUCGCCUUCAGCAGUGGUUUCAACACAAGCCAAAUUUGGAGUUUCAGUCGUUGCAGCUAUGCUGUGUUGAUGGAGGCGGAGUCGUUCAAUUUCAGCAGCACGUACAUCAGCACGACAAGGUUCAACGACACAAACACCGGGCGAGUACCCCUGGUGAUGGACUGGGCGAUAAGAAACGGGACGAUGUCGUUGGCGUGUGAAGAAGCCAAGCUGAACAAGACAGGCACUUACGCAUGCCUCAGCAGCAACAGCGGGUGUGUGAACUCCAGGAAUGGACCAGGCUACCUGUGCAAUUGCUCCGAAGGCUACGAAGGCAACCCGUAUCUUCCAUACGGAUGUCAUGAUGUUGAUGAGUGUAAGAACAGCCCAUGCCCAUCAGGAGGUGUUUGCCACAACACAAUAGGAGGAUACCGAUGUUCGUGUCGAGUAGGACUUAAGUUUUCGGCACAAAACAACAGUUGUGACCUUGAUACCAGCCUAAUAAUUGGUGUUACACUAGGCAGUGCCGGUGGCAUUCUGUUUCUCGCUGCAAUUGUUGUUGUUCUUACUCGGAGGUGGCAGAGAAUUGUUCAGAGAAGGCUUAGAAAGAUAUAUUUCCGGAAGAACAAAGGAAUUCUCCUAGAACAGCUGAUAUCUUCGGACCAUACUGCCAGUGAUGGCACGAAGAUAUUCUCUCUUAACGAGCUAGAGAAGGCAACCAACAACUUUGAUCACACACGUGUGGUCGGCCGCGGCGGCCACGGCACGGUCUACAAGGGCAUCCUGACUGACCAGCGUGUGGUGGCUAUCAAGAGAUCAAAAGUUAAGGAAAACAUCGAGAUCGAGCAGUUCAUCAACGAGGUGGCCAUACUCUCACAGAUCAACCACCGGAACGUGGUGAAGCUCCAUGGAUGCUGCCUCGAGACUGAAGUGCCUCUACUUGUCUACGAGUUCAUCUCCAACGGCACUUUGUAUGACCUCCUGCACCGUGAGCAAAAUGACAUCUCACUACCGUUAUCUUGGGAGGAGCGCCUAAGGAUUGCCGUCGAGGUCGCCGGUGCGCUGGCGUACCUACAUUCAGCGGCUUCGAUGGCCAUUCUGCAUAGAGACAUCAAGUGCAUGAACAUACUUCUGAACGACAGCUACACAGCAAAGGUUUCAGACUUUGGUGCGUCGAAGUCAAUACCAAUUGAUCAGACACAUUUGAUCACUGCCGUGCAAGGAACAUUCGGGUACUUGGACCCAGAAUACUACCACACUGGACAACUUAACGAGAAGAGCGAUGUUUACAGUUUCGGUGUCAUACUUCUCGAACUGCUGACAAGGAAGAAAGCAAUAGUUGAGAAUGGGAGCGGCGAGAAGCAAAACUUGUCGAGUUUUUUCUUCGAGGAGAUGGGGAAGAGGCCACUUGAUGAGAUAGUUGACAGGGAAAUUUUGGAGGAAGCAAGCGAGGAAGCGAUUAUGAGUAUGGCUCGGCUGGCUGAGGAGUGCCUCAGCCUGACACGAGAAGAGAGGCCUACCAUGAAGGACGUGGAGAUGAGGCUGCAGAUGCUGAGGGCCCGUCAAGGCGUUGCUCCGAAGAAGAGGAGGGACGACGAAGCGACCCGUCGCUGUGAAGCAGUGAGAGCCAACAUGAUCAUUGGUGCCAUUCCGGUGGCUGCUGCUACUGCUAGUCAACACGGCUCGCGCCAGUACAGCCUAGAGCAGGAGUUUGUGCUGUCCUCACGUGUGCCGCGGUAGAUUGUGUCGGCAUUACAUGUGGAUGUUUUCUGUAUUCUGAUUGCUUGCUGUGUUCUUAUACUUUCGUAUACUGCAAAUAGAAUAAGCAGGAACUUAAUCUUAUUUGAGCGAUUGAAUCCAGCGUUCCUAAUCUUU